GUACUCCCGCGAGGAAACGCGAGGAAACGGUAGGGAAACCGCGGAUCGAAACUCGAAUAUACACGCAAACGCGUACACACACGCGUGUAUAUAUAUAUAUACAUAUAUAGUCUCUUCAUGGUUCAACACGGCGAUCGCCUAACAGCCCAUCGUCUGUGAAUUCGUGCGCACGAUCAUUUUUCGACUCUCUGAGAAGAGGAGGAGGAGAAGGAGAAGGAGGAGGAGGAGGAGGAGGAGGAGGAAGCUUUAGGUACUCCGUUAGGGAGAGACACGUUGCUUCUGCUCUCGUGUUUCGAAAAGGAGAGAGAGAGAGAAAGAGAAAGGACAACGAACUCGACGAGGACGUCGAGGACUCGCUCCCUGGGACUUGCCUAGGCUCUGGUGGUCCCCUCCUUGGGGAUUGAUCGUUGAGGCACGUAGCACGGUAUCGAGAGGGAGAUUCUUUCUUUCUUUUGGGGGGUUGAUCCCGGUUUCUUGUGGAAUAUUUAUAUAUAUAUUGGGGAAUCACCAAGUUAUUCGGUGGUGAUCAUAGAAGGGGAACGAAAGGAGAGUGCAAUUCCUAGGUGCGGAUUUCUCUCUAGAGACCUAGGAGAUCGGUCUUCCUCGGUUCUCGAGAGGUGUGUCGCGAGAUUUGUCUUGGAGUGAUUUGACGAAGUAAUAAAGGCAAGGGAAGAAAAAGGAGAAAGAUACCCCGGAACAUGUCUGGGAUUCGAAUCAACGUGGAAGAAGCCUCCAACGAUGGACGCGAGGAUCUCGUUCCUGAUAUCGAGGCGACAGCGGCUACGACGGCGGUAGCGGGCAGCCCGCUUUCCUGGCACAUCCCAAGGCCGUCCUUGGUGGGACGAAGCGAGAGGGACAGCGAGAAUGGUAGCUGGGCUCAUCAUCUGCAUCCAAACUCGCCGUCCAGAGGAUCCACCUCGUCGCAAGGAUCCACAGCCAGCACACACAGUGCCGCAUCGGGCACAUUACUCCUGACAGCCGCUAACCUGGCCAAUCUCGCGGCCAUACAUCCACCUACAGUGACAGCACCGAAACAGAUGGAUACUGCAUCGGUGGCGAGCAGCACCCACUUCACCGUGGUGAACGGCCUAGGCAGACCGACCACUGUCUACAGGAAGUCCUGCUGCGCGAGAAAUCAGCUCACAGUGCUCGUCUGCACUAUGAGCUUCCUAUUCAUGGUCGGUUUGCUGCUUGGGAUUCUCUAUAUGGAAAUGAGAAUUCGCGACAAGUACCACUAGGUCGACGGGAGGUGGCAAGUCGAGUGAUCGUGGGCUAUCCUUUAGAAGUCUACGCAAAACAACCUAACGAAGGAGCAACGAAAACGAUUGGGGCCAGGAACAAAAGAAAUUUCUUCGAAGCGUUUAAAAUUAGGAUUCUCGAUCACGAAAUUAUUCGUAUAUUUAUAAUAUACAUGUAUAUUAUCACUUAGAGCGUUAGGACGACUCGAUUAGACGACGUUCUCUGUCAGAGAAAAAAGUUUCAAAGGCUGUAUUGCACCGUGUUCAACGUGUGUGGUACGUGAAAACUCAGUAAUUACAUUCAUGUAAUAAGUUAGCUUUAGGUAAGCCCGUAUAGAUAGCACGAACGCGAUCCUAAUUCUUAAACUUGAACCGUUAUCGAUUAUCUUUAACGCCAGAAACCCAUUUGAUUCGAAAUUCGAUUAAUUGUUCGUACAAUAUUUCUUUCCAUUUUCCUCUCUCUUUUUAUAUCAGGUCAGACGAGAAAAUUAUAAGCGAACUGUAUUAUUCCUAAUUUUGUUUAUUAUCUCUAUUCGAGCUUAAAACUCUGAGAUGAUUUUCUUUAAUUUAAAUUGAAUUUAAAUGAAAACAAUUUAAAUAUUUCAUUUAAAUCUGAUUUAAAUUAAAUUUAACAACGAUUCUAUUGUAAAAAGAUAAAUUGUCGUCAUACAGCGCAAUAUUUCGUAAGUCAUAAAUACGUUUCUUCGAUUAACGUUGAUGGACAGUUCGGAGCAAUCGACGAGAUGGGAGUAAGAUAAGCGAAUAUGUUAAUUUUAGGGGUCGUUAUUUAAUUGUUACUAACAGAAAAAACGCCUAAAUAAAACCUGGAUCCCACAUAUGUCAGGGUAUCGUGUUCCAGGGAAUGUAUGGAAAAGAAAUGAGCAACGAUCGUGUCGAUGUCGAUCGUUGACUCACAACUGUGAUAUUACUUGCGUAUUAAUUAAUCGUCGAUUCAACAAGAAACUGUCGAACUAUGAAGAAAAUUA